CGUGAUUCGGUUCUUCUGAGCUUACAUGAGCGGAAAUGGCCAAAUAAAAUAUUCAUGUUCUCGACUUGAAAGCAUUCCCCAAAACGUUUACAGCAAGCCGCAACCUCUUCGUGAUACCCCCGAGGGAGGCGCCCUUAGAUACCACAGGCACGUCGGUAGCUCAGGAGUUCGAUAGCGAGUCAACCAUGGACUAUACCAUUUUCAAUCCAAUCGAUUUACCUUGCGGUCGUACUAUUGAGAACAGGCUAGUGAAGGCAGCUAUGUACGAGCACAUGGCAAAUUUCCCUGGUGGUCCACCAAACGAAUUACACUAUGGGUUGUACUCUGAAUGGGCAAAGCAUGGAUGGGGAAUGAUUAUCACUGGGAACGUCCAGCUCUCACCUCAGCAUCUGACCUUGGGCCGUGACAUCGUUGUGCCACCCACACUCAAUGCAGAGGAUCUCAAACCCUUCGAGAGGUUGGCAGAAGUCAUCCACGGAGCUGAUGAUGGCACGCGCCCCCUGGCUAUUAUGCAGCUAUCGCACGCAGGACGCCAAUCAGCGAAUUUUAUUGGUGGUCGACCACCUUUUGUUCCACCACUGGCCCCUAGUUCUGUUCGUGUUGGGGCAGGUCAUACUGAAAAUCGUGGAAGGGGCGCAAUCUCUGACUUGAUGUUUUAUGCGUUGUUCCAAGUUCCUACGGAGAUGACCACACUGGACAUUCUCUAUGUCCAAUCCAGUUUCGUGCGAGGCGCUCUCUUGGCGUACAAAUCAGGCUUUGAUGGAGUCCAACUUCAUGCUGCCCAUGGAUACUUACUGGCACAGUUCAUGAGCCCUAAGGUGUGGUCGCUGUGUACUUCAAAAAAACUAACUACAAUUACGUGUCAGAGUAAUAUCCGGAACGACGAAUACUCAGUGGCACCGGAAAAUGUUACCCGCAUGCUUUCUGAAAUAGUUGAAGCUAUCCGCAAGGUGGUGCCAACCACUUUCAUAAUUGGAAUCAAAAUCAACUCGGCUGAUUACGUCACUUCUGGAAGCGCCGAAGAAGUAGCUCGGGAAGGCGAACGGCGUGUCCUAGAUCACAUUCGCACCAUUGCAAGUUGGGGUACCAUCGACUUCAUCGAGAUUAGUGGAGGAGAUUACGAAAAGCCUGACUUUAUGGCAUGUAGUGGAUCUCAAAAACUAAACCGCCAGGCCUUCUUUGCGCAGUUUUCACGGACAGUCAUGAAGGACCUUCACCAAUCGCCUGUCCCUUUCUCUUCCAUCCCACUCAUUCUACUGACUGGUGGCUUCCGUUCCCAUUCUUAUCUACAAGCUGCCUUGAUGUCGAAGCACGCCGACUUGCUAGGCAUCGGGAGAGGGGCUGUCCUCUGUCCCGACCUGCCCAAGAUUCUUCUAUUACAGCUACAAGAUAGCAAGUCUUCUAGCACUUGGGCUGACAAACCCUUUGCACACGAACCAGAGGCAGUGUUCAGAGCUUCUAAAUGGGUACCAAGUGUGAAGCUCAUUGGCGCUGGCGUCGGGACUGCAUGGUAUACCAUCAGAAUGAGGGAUAUUGCUACCUCCCAGAUCAAGAACCCUAGGGCAGAACCACCACCUGCAGAUUACAACAGAGGAGGAUUAAUCGCUGUGUUUAAGAUGUGGGUUUGGUUCGACUCUAGAAUAGCUCCGAUUUGGGUCCUAGGAAUAUUCAUGGUGCUUAUUGUCACGACCGAGGUUGUCUAUCACUAAAGGUGGCGUCAUCGGUACGCCAGGCUGAUCGGGACGUUCAUGCCGGUGCGGCCUCCGAGCAGGGCAGGACGGCCGAAGGCACCUUGGCACUCCACGUGGCCCAUUGUCACCGAUUGUCGCACCCCAACUAGGAGAUGCUGGAGGAAUUCGUACGUUUCAUAGGACGGAAUACUCGUCACUAUACAAUGUGUUUGACUUGUGUGGUUCAUUUUUCGAUCCAGGACUCUGACUAGCUGAUCAGGUUGAUCUGAAAAGCGACUUACAAUAACCUCCUCAUUCUUCUCAUUCUCAUUCUUCCGGUAUAUCUCCGCGCGCGACGUCAGUGAAUGAGUUGUGCUGAUUCAACCAUUCCCAUUUCUGACAUUGCCUUUUAAUAUUUGUGCCGAAAUCAGUCACGGACGAUCGUAUUAUUGGAAGCCUCGCUAU